AUGACGCUGCCGAUAACGUUGGGAACGUUGCUUUUGCUCCAGCAUGUCGUCGCAACUGAGUCCUUUGAGGUGUACUGGAACAUACCGACCUUCAUGUGCAAUCAGUUUGGGAUGGACUUUACCGGCAUCAAUCAGACGUACCAGGUAAUACAGAACACGAACGACAGCUUCCGCGGCAAUGCCAUCUCGAUACUGUACGAUCCGGGUAAGUUCCCGGCACUGCUCGAACGGCCCUCCACCAAGACCAUUUACAAGCGAAACGGUGGAGUGCCGCAGGACGGCAACCUGACCGAGCAUCUGGAGCUGUUCGAGCGUCAUCUGGACGAGCUGAUUCCGGACCAGAACUUCGGUGGCGUUGGUGUCAUCGAUUUCGAGUCCUGGCGACCCAUCUUCCGGCAGAACUUUGGCUCGCUGCAACCGUACAAGGAUUUGUCGGUACGGAUCGAGAAGGAACGCCAUCCCUUCUGGAGUGCCGCCCUUGUCGAUCGUGAGGCAACGCGACGCUUCGAAGCAACAGGACGAGAGUUUAUGGAGCGCACGCUGCUGCUGGCCAAACAGCGUCGACCUCGGGCACAGUGGGGCUACUACGCGUUUCCCUACUGCUUCAACAUGAACGGCGGGGCGAACGGAGGACGGGAAAACUGCUCGCCGGAGGUGCAGAAGGAAAACAACCGCCUCCUUUGGUUGUACGAUGAGUCCGACAUCAUCUUCCCAUCGGUCUACCUGCGCCAGAAGCUUUCACCCAGCGAACGGGAGCAGCUCGUGAGGGGCCGAGUCCGGGAGGCGGUACGUGUUGCACAACGCACCAUCGGCUCAAAGCAACGACGAAAAGUCCUCACCUAUCUGCGCUACGUGUUCACCGACACGGUUAAGUACUUGUCGGAGAGCGACUGGAUUAGUGCGCUGGCGGCCAUGAAAAGUACCGGCUCCGAUGGGAUCAUCCUCUGGGGCAGCUCAUUCGAUCUGAAUUCACGGCAAAAGUGUUCCGAUUUCAAGACGUACCUGGACACCACCCUCGGUCCAGUCCUGAGCAGUCUGCGGCCUCGCUCAACGACGAUGGACAAUCCACCGGGCGCACCCAUCUAACCAGUCGACUCUCGAAAGUCCUUGGCGCAAGACUGGACGCAACGUCUACAACGGGAACCUUUACCAAACCAACCGCGAACCCCAAAGCGUUCUCGAAUGCCGAGUGCGAGCGUUAUUUAUUUAAGUUCUAAGUUAUGUAAAGAUAAUUGAUGCAUUUU